GUUUUGAGUGAAUGUUUGCAAACAUUGAAUGCUUUUUAUGCCAAUUCAUGCAUUCAUUGCAUUCACUAAUAGUGUUAAAGUUAACAACAAUUUGCUGUCAAUUCAAGCGAUAAGUCAUUUGUUUUAUUGCCAUUUAUUAUUGCCGUGUAUUUGAUGUCCCGGUAAUUGAAAUGAUGUCUUCAGACACGGCUAAUGACAGACAACAGGCUUUGCGCAAAGAGUUACUCGACUUGAAUAGUCAAAGAAGUAAACUCGAGAAUGACAUCAAAGAGUGGCAGUCCAUCCUCGCCAGUCAAAGUGUAGGAAUGAAUGACUCGCUGGUCGACAACAACGGCUUUCCCCGCAAUGACAUUGAUAUCCAUCAGAUCAGAAUCGCGAGGAAUAAAAUCAUUUGUCUCAAUAACGACAUCAAGAUUCUGAUGACACAAAUUGAGGAGAAGUUGUUUGCAUUUCACGAUUUGGCCAAAAGUCAGGACAACACCAAUGAUACCAAUUCUCACAAAUAGUUUUCGUUAUACUUUUCAACUUAUUUCUCAUUUAAUUAUUUUGAUUAUUCAUUGAUUCAAAUAUUAAUAACAUUUGUUACUCGUUAAUAGAAAUAAAUUUAAAAUUAAAUGCAUUUUUUUGUAUAAAAUAUAA